AUGAACAACACCUUUAUCGACACCGUCCAUGUCGUGUUCAAAGAGAACCAGCAUCUCAAUGUCGCAGAGAAGCUCUGGAAGUCCUGGUACGACUACAUGGACAAUGACAUUCUUGCUACCGGCCUGCUAUUUUUUUUCACACACGAGGUGGUGUACUUUGGAAGAUGUUUGCCAUGGAUGAUCAUCGACAAGAUCCCAUACUUCAGACGUUGGAAGAUCCAGCCCUCAAACAUUCCCUCCGACAAGGAGCAAUGGGAGUGUCUCAAGUCUGUGCUACUUUCUCAUUUUAUGGUGGAAGCACUGCCAAUUUGGACGUUCCAUCCAAUGUGUCAGAAACUGGGGAUCAGUGUUUCUGUUCCAUUCCCGUCGUGGACAAAGAUGUUCUGGGAGUUUUGUCUGUUUUUCGUUCUGGAAGACUGCUGGCACUACUGGGCUCAUAGACUGUUCCACUACGGUCCGUUCUACAAGUAUGUGCAUAAACAGCACCACAGAUACGCUGCUCCGUUUGGACUGACUGCAGAGUACGCCCACCCGGUUGAGGUCAUGUCUCUUGGCUUUGGAACCGUUGGGUUCCCGAUCAUCUACGCAUACUUCACCAGAGACUUGCAUCUGUUCACCAUCACCUGUUGGGUUUGUCUUCGGCUGUUUCAAGCUGUGGACGCCCACUCGGGCUACGACUUUCCUUGGUCGUUGCAUAACUUUAUUCCGUUCUGGGCGGGCGCAGAGCACCACGAUCUACAUCACCACUAUUUCAUUGGUAACUACGCUUCCUCCUUCAGAUGGUGGGACUACACUCUGGACACAGAGGCCGGCCCAGAGGCCAAGAAGAGCCGCGAAACAAGAUGGCGGCUCAAACAGGAAGCCAAGCUGGCAAAAUCCAUGGAGAAAAAGUCCAAAACCGAUUCAAAGUAG